GUGAAAAAGGACAAAAUGAUCACGACUUUCUUUUCUACUUCUGCAGAAACUGACAGAAUGAGGUGGUGUUGUUGGUGACCAGAGGCUGAGGAAACAUGGCAGGUUUGGAGGCUUUGUUUACCUGCUCUCGAGACAGCAUCUCUUGCCCUCAUGACGCCAUGGUGUGCUUUGUUCACUGGGCGAUAACUAAAAGUGGAUUCCAGUGUGUGGGAUACGGAGACGAGCCCAGCAGCACGGACAAGAAAUCAGACCUGCUGCCUCCUGACUGGAGCAGUAACAAAGAGCUGUACUGCCUGAGAUAUCAGGCCCGCGGCGGAGACCAACAACUGCUGCUCAAAGCCGUCGCCAUCGACUCCGCCUUAAUCUUCAACCUGAUGAACCUCAGCACCCAUCAGCUGUCAGACCUGACAGCUGACGUCAACCAGCAUGUCAACGCUGACCAGCUGCACGUUUUUGACAACGUUUACAAAGAUGUAAGCAGUUUGUCGACGGAGGUAGAAACUCAGCUGCUGCUAAUUCACAGCACACCUACAGGUCAGAGGUGGGAGUGCAGGAGUCAGAGGGAGGGCAGAGGGAGGCAGAAGAGGAACAGAGCCGACAGCUACCCUCCCACUAACCCCAGCAGGCAUCCUCACCCGUCUGCUCCGUUCGCUGCAGGAGGAGCUGACCUGGAUCCAUUAGGGUCUCGUGGAGAAAGUGGAAUGAUAGUUGACCCACGGAGGUCAAGACAGCCCAGCUUUGGUUUUGAUCCAUCCAGUGGAGUACCAGACAAUCUGCCCCCCGGAGCAGUUCCCCCCGGAGCUCGAUUUGACCCAUUUGGACCCUUUGGACGACACAGACUAGGCCCAGACCCAGACCACCUGCCUCCCCCUGACUAUGAUGACAUGCAAAUGUAGCUAACAGCAGGUGGCCCCGCAGCUGCACUAAUAAAAUAAUAACUCCAGACCACUGCACAAUUUUAUCAACAUACUGUAUAUAUGUUGAUAGUUUGCAACUAUUUUAUUCAA